CAACUUCUCCCCCAUGGCCAUUUCAACAUAAACACCAUUCUGUUCCGACGUCCUGUUGAUCAGGAUAGGAUACUAUUCUAUUUUUGUGCAGAUAGCGACGAAGACGGACCUGGCUGUCCGGUCACCCACAUUCGGAUUCGACGGGUUUUCGACACCGAUGCUUGUCUCUUCCAUGGGAACUACUUAACGACAGAGUAAGCUGAUGAGCCCGUCAGGCACGGCGACUAUACGAAGGAGAGCUUUCGAACGUCAUAGCAGCGGAAUAAUUGGGAAGUCUGUUCUCAAGAUGGAUUCCGCGGACGGUCGAGAUUAUGUCGCAGAACAACAGACAAAGCCUGUCCAUAAAUACGGCAUGGCUCGACAUACAAUGGGCAUCAUAUUGUUGAUGUGUGUAGUUUUUUUAUGGACGGCCUCAAACUUUCUGGCUAGUAAUAUCCUCGCAGAUGACAGCUACUCGCACCCAUUUUUCAUUACCUAUGUCAAUACGUCGUUCUUCGUGGUGUUUCUGAUGUAUGUAAUUGCGCGUCGCAUCUUUCGCAUGUGGCGUAGAGGCAAAUUAUCGCAAGUGAAGUCACUCAAAUCGUUCUUUACCUAUCUCGAUAUACAUGGAAUGAAAGAGCCUCCUUCUUAUGCGCGGGAGACGGUAACGUCACUAGACGAGGAUCCCGAGGAUGAGGAAUAUGGGACAUAUGAAGCGGACACGCAACGACAGCGAUUGUUGAAUAGCUACGCGCAGGACCCUGAUCUGGGACCUUCAUCACCAACCUCGUCUACCGAUGCAACGGCAACAAAAUCAUCAGCCGGGAAAUUGGGACUAGGUCAAACGGCACGCUUGGCGGCACAAUUUUGCAUGCUAUGGUUUCUGGCAAACUACUUCGCAAUUGCAUGUCUGCAAUUCACAACUGUGGGUAGCACGACCAUUUUGACAUCGACAAGUGGGGUUUGGACGUUGAUUCUGGGCGCUAUGAUCGGUGUCGAGAAGUUCACUCUACGAAAAGCGCUCGGUGUGUUCGCUUCGUUGGUUGGUGUUAUUCUAAUUUCACGUGUGGAUUUAUCUUCUUCGACACCUGCCACACCCGAUGAUACUACACUCCCGGCCGAUGGUGGUAACGACAAGGAUCCAUUUUCGAGUAAAACUCCUGCUGAAAUUGCCCUUGGUGAUGCGAUGGCAGCAUUGAGUGCAAUUGUAUAUGGCGUAUAUACAAUAGUCAUGAAAAAGCAAGUCGGCGACGAGUCCCGCGUCAAUAUGCAGCUGUUUUUUGGGCUGGUGGGAUUCUUCAAUGUCUUUCUCCUCUGGCCUGGAUUCGUCAUUUUGCACUUUUUGGAUAUUGAGAGAUUCUCUUUGCCGACUGAGAACAGGAUUUGGGUUAUUAUUCUGGUGAACUCAAUAUCCUCCCUCAUAUCAGAUAUAUGCUGGGCCUACGCCAUGCUCCUCACAACACCGCUCGUGGUCACAGUGGGUCUCAGUCUUACCAUCCCUCUAUCACUGGUUGGCCAAAUCAUUCUCCAAGGCCAAUAUGCCGGCGUCCUAUACUGGAUUGGCGCGACAAUUGUGUUUGCAUCUUUUAUGAUUGUGAAUCAGGAGAGUAAAGAGGAUGAAGAACAGCAGCAAGAAGACCUAGUUGAUUCUAUUCUCUUGUCAAGGGAAGGAGAAAGAGAGAUGGAGAAUGAGAACUAGCCGUUGAGAAUAUAAUGGUACAAACCGUUUAUGGAUGCAUAUAGAUAGAUAAGAAACAUAUUUGAAUUAAAAAAACUAAGUUAAAACUCAUACACAGUUGGAUAUCAUAAUUCAGACCCCCGCUCCAAUAAAACCCAGAUCGCCAGUGAACUUCAAUAAAAUACAGGAAAAAAUAGCAUCGAACAAUCAUCUCAAAGGCUGAAAGGGUUCAGGCGUAGCAAUAAUCGUCGGCGGCGCAACAACAGGAACAGAAGUAGCGGUAGCAGCGGUCUGACUACUAGUACUAGCCUUUCUACUUUCCAUCGCCUUCUUUCUUCCGACUAUGAUACUUUUCAAUGCGCCUAGCCAUCGUGCUAGAGACUCUUCAUCUGGUGCACAGAAGCGAUAGAUGGGUCUAUCUUCGGUUAUGAUUUGCAUACAGAAAUUCUUGGAUCGAGAGAUGGGAUCUGUUUCGGCGGCAUUGAUGACUUGGGACAUGGGUAUGAUGCGGAUUGCGGAGUACUCCUAUAUAUUAUCAGUUUGUGGAGAUCAAGCAGAUAAAAGGGGAGGGGAGGUGCACCCUUUCGUCUUUGUAUAAAGCGAGACUGACUGGUCGAAGAACGACCCAGAGUUUCUUCCAUUGUCGAACUCCUCGCUUACUAUGUAGACAUUGUAGCCAGCCAUGACAUAUCACGCGGUCAGGAUCGCCCAAGAGUCCUGAGACAGUGGGUUCGCGGCCUAGAGAAGGACGCUUGGUAGGUUGAUCGCUAGGUUCGCGCCCCUUGGAAAUCUUCUUCGCCCGUGAACUACUUCCAGGCCCAUCUGAUAAGUCCGAGUAUUCCGUCAUCUCAUUACCGGAAUAAUCUUGCGCAAAAGGUAGACUCUUCCCCCUGUGUCCCAACGACGUUGUCCGCAUAAGCUCCGGCGAACUCGACAGAAUUGUCGGCUCAUUCUCUCCAACAUCCGAAUAUUCACUUGCUAUAAUGGCAGCAUGGUCUUCUCCAUCGCUAGUAUACCCGGCUGUAGUGGGCACGGACAUCUUCUUCGUUUUCGAUUGCGCAACCAGAGCUUCUUCUUCCUCGUCAAUGUGCACCUCUGACCGAAUUCGCUCAACCCACGCCUUUGCAUCCUGCUCAGAAAUAGACUGGAAACGAUAGUUUUGUGACGGUGAGAAUAUCCCCCAGACAUGUUCGCGAGUCGAUCGCGCGGAAUGGAUUGGUGCGACGGCAACGACGUCGGAGAGAGUAAUGGAUAGUAAGAGUCUGGCUUCGUCCUCAUCUUUGUAGACAGAAAGCAGGUUUGGGCGGAGCACUAAAUAGC